AGGAAUGGGCGCAGCCAGGCGACUGCAUCAUUUACCCAGCCCGGCCAUUUGGAUGCUGUUACUGCCGCUGCUUGCCGCAGCUGCGACGGCAGCCCCGACAUCAACGCCGACCGCGGAUCGUCGUCGGUGCGCACACAAAGGCAUCGCAGAGCUUAUUCGCACCAGUCCGGUAAUUGUCAAAGCUCUGGCAGCUCGCAUCUUCACCGAUGCCGAACUGGCCGAUCAGGCGGUGGACAUGGCCUCCGCACCGCAGGCUGCCACAAUUUUAAUCACAUUAACUCCUGAAACGAUAUACAAAGGCGCCUCGCUGCUCAAAAUGGCCAAUGGCGCCGCUGCUGGGACAGGCGAUGGCAGCCUGGGCGCCGACGGCUUUGCAUCCAACGGAGCGCUACGCGGAGGAUUUUUUAGCGGUUCCAGUGCUUGGAGCGGGAGCGGUUCAGCCUAUCAGUAUGAGGGGCAACUGAAUGCCACAUUGCAGCCGCUGCAAUGCUUCGAUGCUAAUAUGCUGAAAAUGUUGCCCACGGAAUUAAUUGCUUUUGGCAAAUUACUGCCUGCCUCAGCGGUAACCGGCACCGGCUUUCCAGGCAGCCCGGGGGGCGCAGCUGUGGCCUCCAGGCAGAUGCAGCGACCACCGCAGGGAUCAGGCUUGGGUGGUGCCGUUGACAUGGCCAACGACAAGGAAGUGCUGCAUAUCAGCGUCAACGGGCUGCAUCGUUGGACGCCGCAAUUCGAGAAUCAUAUCUGGAAGCAUUUGGGCUGGGACGAUUGGAGCGAUUUUACGCUUUGCAGCGUCACAUGCGGCAAAGGUGUGCAGCAGCGUUUCCGUCGCUGUCUGCUGGACAAUCCACUGGUGAACAUUAACAUGAAUAUGAAUCUGAAUCUGGACGAUGACGAUGCGAUCGAAGAGGAGGAGGAGGUGGCAGAGGAGGAGCAGUUGGAUGUCGAGGACGCUGACGAGCCGAAUAAUGAUGCAGCAGAGACAACGACAGCGGCAGCAGCAGCAACAGCAACAGCAGCCGCAUUCAAUGCUGAUAAUAAUGAAGUGCUCAGUCAGGACGACGUUGCCAGUGCGGGUGGAACACAGGACGAGCCUGAGGAUGCGCUGCUGCUGAUGAUGCAACCAGCAGCAGCUGUUGACUUCCCACUCGACCCAACGAAGCAGCAGUCGAUGAGCACCCAGACAACGACAAGAGCAACUGCAACUGCAAAUGCAGCAGCAGCAGCAACUGGGCCAACAAGCGGCGGUAAUGAAGCGACAGGCACAGGUGUCAGCUUUGUGGCAGUUGCACGUAAUGACCGUCGCAGGACACGUGCAAAUAAUCAGCACAAAAAACGCAAAGUGACCAAGAGCCUAGCCCUAUCCACACUACUAUGCGAGGGCUACAACAUCGAGCAGCGCAACUGCAACAGUUUCGAGUGUAGCGAUGAUAUUAGCGAUUUGCUCAAGUUCUACAAGAAGCUGCCCGUGCCAGCCGCUGAGGAGCUGCCAACUGUCACCAGCUAUGACAAUGCGGCAGCUGAGAUCUCAGAGCUGACAACACCCGUUUCUGUGGGCGUGCCCUCCUCGUCGACGCCCGCAAAUAUGGGCUACAUCCGCAGCUGGCGGAAUAUGCUGAACUUUACAUUGAUGAUCACUCUGAGAGCAAAGAAUGAUACGAAAAAUGAUUCGACACUUUUCUCCAUACGCAACGGGACACACAAUUUGUAUCUGGAGUCGUGCAAGGAUGGACUUCGUUUGUAUCUGGAGCGCGACAAUACAACGGAAAUGUUGCCGGUGAAAUUCAAUUUAUAUGAUUAUCGUUGGCAUCAAGUGGCUAUCAGCAUACAAAAUGGCGAUUUCAUAUCGAUUUACGUCGAUUGCUUGUGGACAAACAGUUUUGUUGUCUCGAAGCGACUGUUUACGCUGCCCCUGGACGCGGAUGUGGAAAUUGGACGCGGCUUUAAUGGGGAGCUGCAACAGUUGCUGGUCCUGCCGGAGCACCAAGAGCGGCUGCAGUGCAGCAACAAGAGGACAUCUAUUAACGAGGUGAAGCGCUACAUUAUUGACACAUUCAUCGAGGACUAUGCCAGCAAUUGAGGCGUGACGGCAUUUAUAUAUGCAUGGUAAACACAGCCUAUACAAUGCCAAUAACAGGAGCCAAAUCAAAUGAGAAUCAUAAAUGUAUUUGAGUGGCAAACAUGUGAAUGUGUAAUGAAUAAUGCAAAUCAUUUUGAAUGUGGCAUUCAAAUUCAAUGGCUAGAAAUUUCAGUCUAUAAAACUACAUAUAAAUAUGCAAAAGCAAAGAUAAAUAUAAACACACUACAUAUAUACAUAUAUUGUGAUUGAUGUUUCCUAGCAGCGCAUUCAAGUAUUGUAAAUUAUGCUCUCGUGUGUGUGUGUGUGUGUGUUAUUUUGUAAUUAUAAAUGCACCCACAGUAUACGCACGAGUGUUUAUCAAGUACUCACCGUAGUAUGAAUACAAUUACGAUUAAUGCUUACGAUAUUGCACUAUAUUACACAUGAACACAUGUAUGUGAAUGCCAAAAAAAUGUAUUUGUAAUAAU